AUGGUUGCAUCAGCGGAUAAUAUAACAAUAUAUAUCACCCCUAUUGGUUUACAAUUACCACCUGGUACUACUCUCCCACCUUUUUUAAUGAAAAGAUAUACACUUUUUAAAAAAUUAUUUUCACAUAUUUCACAUAGAUUUAAUAUUGAAGAAAGUUCACUUAUUUUUAUAUAUCACGAUGUUGUCGACCCAGAACAAUGUCCAAAUGAUAUUGAUUUAAAUUCAGAUGAGACCAUAAUCGUAAGAAAGAAACUUUUAAAAACUAAACCAAAGAACCCAACACUUUUUGAAAAGAAUAUAGCAUCAUUAUUUCAUAACCCAAUUUAUAGCGAUAUUAGUUUUAAGCUCUUGGAUGGCUCAGAAAUAAAAGCACACAAAAAUAUAUUAUCAUCUAGGUGCCAAAAAUUCCAAGCUAUGUUUCAAACAGAAAUGAAAGAAAGCCAACAAAAAGAAAUAGAGAUUGUAAAUUAUGAACCAGGAGUAUUUAGGAAAAUGAUUGAAUAUAUUUAUUCAGAUUCUUUAAAAGAGGAUAAUAUCGAUAUGAUACUACAGCUAAUUGUUAUUGCCGAUGAAUAUCUUUUAGAUUCUUUAAAAAGUGUUUGCGAAAUGAUGUUGGUUUCAGAAAUUGAUUUUAAUAAUAUAGCAUUGUUUUUGUUAAAAUCAGAUAUUUACAAUUGUAAACAACUUAAAAAAUCAUCAAUGGAAUUUGCUUUAGCUAAUGUCAAAAGACUAAUUGAAGAUAAAGAAUUUAUCGAUGUAAUUAAAGAAUCACCAGUUUUAUUAUUAGAAAUUAUUAAUGAAAUGGCCCCAGUGUAUGAUAGCGUUAAAAAGAAAUCUUUCCCAAUAAAUAAUGCAUAA